AUGUUGGCAACGAGACAGGUCCUCGGGAAUGUCACCCGCUCGCGGGUCGCGGCCAGCCUGGGCCUCCGCAGGACCAUGGCCACCGUCAACGACUCUGCCCUCGACAGGAAGGUGAAGCAGAACAACUUGGAAGAGGGCAACUUCAUCAACUACAAGAAGAUGUCCGAGAACCUGGCCAUUGUUCGCAGCCGUCUCAACCGCCCCCUCACCCUCGGUGAGAAGAUCCUGUACUCCCACUUGGACGACCCCCACGGCCAGGACAUCGAGCGCGGCGCAUCCUACCUCAAGCUGCGUCCCGAUCGUGUCGCCUGCCAGGAUGCCACCGCCCAGAUGGCCAUCCUCCAGUUCAUGUCGGCCGGCCUCCCUUCGGUCGCCAACCCUACCACUGUCCACUGUGACCACUUGAUUGAGGCCCAGAUCGGCGGUGCCAAGGAUUUGGCUCGUGCUAUUGACAUCAACAAGGAGGUCUACGACUUCCUGUCCACCGCCUGCGCCAAGUACAAUAUCGGUUUCUGGAAGCCCGGUUCCGGCAUCAUCCACCAGAUCCUGCUGGAGAACUACAUCUUCCCUGGCGCUCUAGUAAUCGGAACUGACUCACACACCGUGAACGGCGGAGGAUUAAACGCGCUUGCCAUUGGAGUUGGUGGUGCUGACGCUGUCGAUGUCAUGGCCGGUCUCCCCUGGGAGUUGAAGGCGCCCAAGUACAUUGGUGUCAAGCUUACAGGACAGAUGUCAGGAUGGACCGCGCCCAAGGAUAUUAUCUGCAAGUUGGCUGGCAUUACCACCGUCAAGGGUGGAACCGGCUCUAUCGUGGAGUACUUCGGACCGGGAGCAGACACUGUCUCAGCUACAGGAGCGGGUACAGUCGCUAACAUGGGCGCUGAGAUUGGUGCCACCACUUCCGUUUUCCCCUUCAGCGAGAACAUGCACAAGUACCUUGCAGCUACUGGACGUUCUGAGAUCGGCGACUUCGCCCGCGCGUACGCUCACGAACUCCGGCCCGACGAAGGCGCCGAGUACGACGAGGUCAUCGAGAUCAACCUGUCCGAGCUCGAGCCUCACAUCAACGGCCCCUUUACCCCUGACUUGGCCACGCCCAUCUCCAAGUUCAGCGAGGCUGUCAAGGCCAACGGCUGGCCCGAGGAGCUCAAGGUCGGUUUGAUCGGCUCUUGCACCAACUCGUCGUACGAGGACAUGACCCGUUCUGCCUCGAUUGCCCGUGACGCUCUCGAGCACGGUAUCAAGGCCAAGGCUGCCUUCACCGUCACUCCUGGCUCCGAGCAGAUCCGCGCUACCAUUGCCCGUGACGGUCAGCUCCAGACCUUCGAGGAGUUCGGCGGUAUGGUCUUGGCCAACGCCUGUGGUCCCUGCAUUGGUCAGUGGGAUCGUCAGGAUGUCAAGAAGGGUGAAUCCAACUCCAUCAUCUCAUCUUACAACCGUAACUUCACCGGCCGAAACGACGGCAACCCUGCCACCCACUCCUUCGUUGCCUCUCCUGACAUGGUUGUCGCCAUGACCAUUGCCGGCUCUCUCCACUUCAACCCCCUGACCGACAAGCUCAAGGACAAGGACGGCAAUGAGUUCAUGCUCCAGCCCCCGACCGGCGACGGCCUUCCCAACCGCGGAUACGACCCCGGCACCAACACCUACCAGGCUCCUCCCAAGGACCGUGCCUCGGUUGAGGUCGUGGUUGCCCCCACCUCUGACCGUCUCCAGAAGCUUUCUCCCUUCCAGCCCUGGGACGGCAAGGACGCAACCGACCUGCCCAUCCUCAUCAAGGCCCAGGGCAAGACCACCACCGACCACAUCUCCAUGGCCGGCCCGUGGCUCAAGUACCGUGGCCACUUGGACAACAUCUCCAACAACAUGUUGAUUGGUGCCAUCAACGAGGCCAACGGCGAGGCCAACAAGGUCAAGAACGCCGUGACUGGCGAUUGGGACGCCGUUCCUGCCACUGCCCGCGACUACAAGUCCAAGGGCAUCAAGUGGGUUGUCAUUGGUGACUGGAACUACGGAGAGGGUUCUUCCCGAGAGCACGCCGCUCUCGAGCCCCGCCACCUCGGUGGUCUUGCCAUCAUCACCCGAUCCUUCGCCCGUAUCCACGAGACCAACCUGAAGAAGCAGGGUAUGCUUCCUCUGACCUUCGCCGACCCUGCCGACUACGACAAGAUCAAGCCCGAUGACAAGGUCGACAUCCUCUGCACCGAGCUCGCUGUUGGCAAGCCCGUCACCAUGCGCGUGCACCCCAAGAACGGCGAGACCUUCGAGGUCAAGCUCAACCAGACCUUCAACGAGCCCCAGAUCGAGUGGUUCAAGAACGGAAGCGCCCUGAACACCAUGGCCAAGAAGGCCAAGAACUAA